CUGAGGCAGUGAGGCGGUGCACGCGGUCUCAGGUGUCUCAGCACACAGCAUUAAGCACCUAAAAUUUACCCGGAGCUGGGACGUGAGACUCUGAGAUGGGACGUGGUCGUUAGAUGAGUGCCGGGAACUUCCAGCGGGCAGAAGUUAAAAGCUCCCUGUUUGAAUCCAGCCAGUCGCUCAUGUGACACCUGACCGGAGACGCCAUCAUGAUGAGGAGGAACAAGCAGAUCGACAUCAGGCACGCCCUCGCCCUCGCCGGCGCCUUCACCUUCGUGGUGUCCUGCGCGAAGGCCUGCCUGCUCCCCUUCGUCACGCUGUACCUCAGACAGCUGGGUCUGACUCCCGCCAUGACGGGCGUGGUCAUGGGCACGCAGCACUUCAUCUGGCUGGUGUGGAGCCCCGCCGCCAGUCUCCUCUCUAAGCUCUACGACAAGCGGCGGGUGGUGAUCAGCGGCUCUCUCGUGGCGUCGGCCGUGGUCGCCCUGCUGCUGCUGCUCCCCCCGCCUGUGGACGUGAACACGCAGAGAGACACCUGCAACGUUUCUGGUACUACCGUCGCCCCCGUUCAGAAUUCGGGCGGUGACUCUCGCACGAACUCCACACCUGAAACGGCAGAUUCCAAAUCUAAUGGCACAAAAUCUGCUCCGGUCACCUCGGGCACGUCUUCGGUUCACGCCGCCAUUUCUCACCAGAAUUCAUCCGCGGCGGUCGAGAAUCACACCAACUCGCCAGUGAGGAGCAAAAGGUCAAAGGUGAAGUCGAAACACAGUGCAAAGGAAGAGAAAGAGAAGACUAGUUUUGAUUUCCUGGGCAGCCUGAAGGUGAUGGACGUCCAGCACCAGCUCUUCUUCUUGGUCCUUAUCAUCAUGUCGGUGUGGGCGCUGGCGUUGGCGUCUCUGGAGUGGACGGCGGAAGACGGAUUGUACGAGUAUCUGGACUUCGCGGACGCGUCGGACCGCCACGGCAGCACCGGGGUCUGGGGUCUGCUGGGAGCGGCGUGCGGGGUCGGGGGUUCGGGGCUGCUGGUCAGCCAGCUGAGCUGCCUCCCGUCCGGCCGUAGCCCGGGCAGCGCGGCGCACUUCUACUGCUACACCGCCCUCUCCGUCCUGGCGCUGCCGGUGGCGCUCUACCUCCCCCUGCACCUGAACAGGAAGCGGGACCGAGCCAACGGGCUGCUGAAGGCCGUGCAGCUGGUGCGCGGCUCCCCGCGGGCGCUGCUGUGCCUCGUCACCACCCUGCUGGUCGGGGUGGCGCGCUCGGCGGUUGACAACUUCCUCCUGUGGCAGAUGCAGGACCGCGGCGCCAGCGAGCUGCACAUGGGACUGGCUCUGUCCCUCGCUCUGCUCUCGCAGUCCGGCUUCCCCCUGCUGGUCAGACACGUGUCCAGGCUCCUCAGCCCGGGGCGGGUGCUCGCCGUCGCCUCCGCCACCCUGGGCCUGCAGUGCUUCUACUACUCCUUCCUGUGGGGGGCGUGGGCCGCCCUGCCGGCGCAGGUGCUGAGCUGCUUCAGCGGCGGGGCGCUGUGGUGGGCCGUGAGGGCGCAGUGCGAAGACAUCGCCACGCCCGGCGCCGAGCGCAGCGUGAGCAGAGUCUACACGGCGCUGUCUCUGCACCUGGGCAGCGGGUUGGGGAGCGUCGCAGGAGGGUUCGCGGCGCAGAGGUUCGGGCUGGAGUGGCUGUUCAGGGGCGUGGCGGUGGGGCUGACGGCGUGGUGCGUGUGCCUGCCCGUGCUCCAGUGGAAAACCCCUCUGCAGCGCAGGAUCAACUACUCCCGCCUGCUGGCGGCCGACGCAAGCGAAGUCAGCGACACCGAGUCCGAACAGGAGAAAGACUGGCUGGAGAAAGCCAUGGACGACGACAGAGGCAACAACAACAACAAUGGGAGGCGGAUAAACCAGUGAGACCAGACAACUUCACCGUGUCUGAAACCUGAACCGUGGAUAAAACCAAAGCACACAUCAGCAACUGAAGGCCGGAGUGUCUGACUCGGUUCAGCUGGAGGCAACAGUGUUGGAAGACAGUGAAAGAUUUAUCAAAUAUAUAAUUUGAUAAUAAAAAAAGACUGUAAACACUAAUUCUUAUCAUUAAACGCUUUUCAUUACACUAAUAACCAAUUUGUUGCUUUCUUCGAGCCAGAUGUGUGCCAGAUCUUUUACUAUAUUAGUAUUUGACUGUUAAACCGAAUUGCUUCGUCAAAAAUGGUCUGCUCCUCUACAAUAGGUUUUUUUCUACUUCUGCUUAUUUUUCAGGCAUAAUUCCUAUUUCUGCAUUUAAAAUUAAGAGAUGAUUACGUAACUGUGGAUUUUCUUUUAUUAUUUAAGUGAAGCCCUGUUCUGUAUUCUCCAUCCAUUGUUUGUAUUCGCUUCAUGCUUUCUCCACUUCACACUAUUUUUUUAGCAUCUGAAAGUUCCUCUUCUGUAAAACACUUCAACCUAAGCUCAGUGUCAGUCAUUUUAACCUUUUGUUUUUGGUUUCAAGGUAAAUACCAUCAGUCACCUGCAGCAGGGCUUUUGAUAGAUAUCAUCUGCUAUCUCUAUCUGAGAAUCAGUCUGGCUCUCUUGGUCUUUUCUUCCAGUUUUUGGGAAGUAAAUUAUCUCAAAGUAAAUUUUCUGCAGGUUUUCUGUUUGCACAUCUCCAAAUCUCUGCGAUGAAGCUGAAUGAAGGGUUUACCCACUCGAUAAAUGAGCAAUAUACACAUAAGUGGGAGAUAUUUAAAAGACAUGUCACUCUUGAUCAAAGGCAUGAUUGAUUUCCCACUCUGCCAAGUUUAAUUACUGUCUUAAAUGUUGACAUUUGACUCAUUAAUUUUCACCAGAAUCAAGUGUCCUUGCGUGUUUGUGUGUCAGCUGCUGCGCUUCAUCUCUGAGCCUCCUGGGUCUUCAUUCAUGUACAUUUGCAUUGUGAUUGAAAUAAACACAGAAGGCUCUCUACAAGGAGUACAGCAAACAUGAGAUCUGUGUACUGAGGAAUGUGAAAACUGGACUUUUACAGCACAAUUGAGCGUGGUGUUGUUGAAAAGAUGCACUUGAUUGUUGACAUGUAUCACCUCAGUGCCUCUCUCUGGAGUUUAAACUGUGAACUGCCAAAAAAUACGUUGAAUCAGAAUAAAAGUUGCUUGGUGUGCAUUGGAUGGACAAAUGAUCAUUAUACUGCAGCUGCUUCAUUAUUAUUUUAACCUCUUAGAAGAUGACUGUUACAGUAAAGGGGCUUGAUUACUGUUGUAGGUGAAAAAUUUAACAUUAAAUAAGUUUUAUAAUGUUGUAAUGUUAAGACGUCCUGCCUCGGCUGCAAAAAUAAACUCCCAUCUGAAGAUGUAAAGUGCUUUUAUCUUAUUUUGUAGUCCAGUCAAGUUAUAUGUAUUACAAUUUAGGAAAUGGUUUAGCUUUUCACUCAAAACCAUGAAAUAAGUUUAGUCAUUACUUGUGUAAUUACUGAUGAUUAACUCUUGUCAAUCUAUAUCUGGUAACUUUUUGGCU